GUCCGUGGUCUAUAGUUAUUGCUUUGGAGACCACCAAGCAACCUCUGGAGUAACGAACGAUCCUAGACGACGCGAUUCAGUGCAACGACAUUUUGACACGCGACUUGUGAAGUGACGUGAGUGAAAUAGUUGCAUCACUUAGAACGACCAAAGUAAUAUUGAUGUUCCCAAUAUCAACAAAACAUUGAAAAAGCAUGGGAGUGGCAGAGGAUUUCGCUCCCAGCUUCACUCAGAAGCCGCAGCUGAGGCAAGAAGACGAUGGCAACAAACUGAUAUUCGAAUGUCAGCUGUUGUCCUCACCGAAACCAGACAUCCAGUGGUUCCGUAGUGACACUCAACUGUUCGAGGAUGCAAGGACUAAGUUCAAAAUACAGUCGAUCGGAAGCAAUAAGUUCUUGGUGGUCUUAGAACUCGAUGAUGUUAUCGAGACCGAUGCUGGCCUAUACAAGGUCAAAGCGAAAAACAAAAUGGGGGAGGUUGCAGCUUCCAUCAACCUCAACUUCAGCCCUAUGGACGAACCGAAAGAAAAACAAAUCGAUGGUCUAGCACCCACCUUCUCCAAGAAACCUGCGAUACGACAGGAGGAAGAUGGAAAGAGGCUCCUUUUUGAAUGCAGGAUUCAGGCGAACCCACGUCCUGUUAUCAGCUGGUUUCAUAAUGGAAAUCCGGUGAAAGAAUCAUCGCGUCACAAGUUGAGGCUGGAUAAGGAUGGCCAUUCGUAUUUUGCAACUUUAGAAAUCGAAGAUGUCACCGUAGAGGAUGCUGGCAAAUACAAGGUGACAGCAAAAAACGAACUUGGCGAAAGCAAUGCUACAAUCAGCCUCAAUUUUGACAGCGAUGAGGCUCCAGUACCAGAUGAUGGGAUCAAGCCUACCUUCACUGAACGUCCUGUGAUAAGACAGACUGAUGAUGGCGCCAAAAUAACUUUCGAGUGCAGAUGUGUUGGGGAACCAAAGCCAGAGCUUACAUGGUUUCACGGGAAGGAGGAGUUGCAGUCCAAUAACAGAUAUAUUAUCAGCAUGGAACAAGAUCAGAAAUUGUAUUACCUGGCCAAACUUGAAAUCAACGGUGUUAAAAAUACAGACAAAGGGGAAUAUAAAGUUAUAGCCAAAAACAGAUACGGUGAUGGAGAAGCAAAGAUAAACCUUAAUUUCGAAGGGUCAGGAAAACCGAAGAUACCUGACGGAAAGCCUCCAAGAUUCCCAAAGAAACCGACUAUAAGACAGGAAGGCGACAUACUGAUAAUGGAAUGUCUGUUAGAAGCGAACCCAGACCCGGAAAUCACUUGGUACCAGGGGGACAAAGUCAUUCGAGAUAGUACGCGAAUAAAAAUGUCGAGAAAAACGACUGCCAAAGAUACCUAUCUGCUUACGCUUCAAAUAUCCGAUCCGACUCGAGAAGAUGGUGGAAACUAUCGUUGCAACGCGUUCAAUGUUUACGGUGACUGUAACGCUAAUAUCGCUCUGAAUUUCCAAGGUGGCGAUAACGCGGCUGGGUUUGCUCCAUCGUUCAUCGAGAAACCAAAGAUUAUACCUAACGAAAGCGGCACUCUCAUAACAAUGAAAUGCAAAUGCAAGGCUAAACCAAAGCCAGAUGUAACAUGGUUCAGAGGAACAACCGUCGUCAAGGAAUCGACGAAAAUCCAGAUGAAGAUCGUGGAUAUCGAAGAGGACAUCUACGAAAUAUCCAUGGAAAUAAAGGAUCCAUCAGGUGCAGAUGGAGGUACCUACAGAUGCCACGUGCAGAACGAAUUUGGGGAAAGUAACGCCAAUCUCAACUUGAACAUCGAGGCUGAACCAGAACCGGAAGGUGAUGGUCCCACAUUCGUGGAAAAACCAAGAAUAACAUCGCAACAAGGUGGAAAAUUGGUCAUAAUGGAAUGCAAAGUGAAGGCAGAUCCAAAACCAACAAUCGUUUGGUACAGAGAAGGAAAACAAGUAACGGAAUCUAGUAAAAUUAAGAUUAGUUUCGAGAAGAUCGAAACGCACAUUUAUUAUAUUAAACUGGAAUUGAAAGAUCCGGGAACUGAAGAUUCCGGACUCUAUAAGUGCAAUAUAAAGAAUACUCUAGGUGAAUUGAACGCUAAUCUGACGCUCAACAUAGAAAUCAUUCCUGUUAUCAAGGAAAAACCGAAAGUUAUCAAGAUUGUUAAGAAGAGGACUGUAGUUGUUGAAUGUAAAGUGCUCAGUAAAUUUGCUCCAGAAUGCACUUGGUUCAAAGAGAACUCUGCAGUCAGAGAGGACUCCAGGCAUAAGGUUCAGAUAGAACAAACCAAGGACGGUGAAUUCGCUGUCAAAUUAGAGAUAGCUGAAGUGAACAAAACGGACAAAGGUCUCUAUAAGUUGGUGGCGAAAAACGAGAAGGGUGAGGCAACGUCACAAACCGUCGAAGUCACCGAACUACCCCCAGAGGAGAAGCCCAAAGGGGAUAAGCCAAAACUCUCAGGACUCACCAGUAUUAAAGUGGAAGAAGGAAAAUCUGCCGAAUUCAUAUCAUCGCUCAAAAUCAUCGACAAAAGCAUCAGUAUUACUUGGUAUAAGAAUUCCACUAUCAUAAGAGAGUCAUCAGAUAUCAGAAUAACAUUCGACGGUUCAAUAGCAAAAUUAAGUAUAAGUAAGUGUAAAAUAACAGACACUGCGAUCUACAAAUGUUUCGCGAAAAACGACUUCGGUGAAGAUGAAGUAUCUGCUACCUUGACUGUUACGAAGAAAGUCGUUGAGGAAGAAAAGGAGGAAAAGAUUGAGAAGAAAAAGAAGGUGGAGAAGAAGGAAGAGAAAAAGGAAGAAAAUGAAAUAAAGGAGACAGACAAAAAGAAGGACCAAGAAAAAGUUAACGAUAUCGAUAAGAAAUCCGAGGCUAAGAAAAUCGAGGAAACUAAGCCGUUGGUCAAAAAAGAAAGGAAAUCAUCCAUCCAGAAGAUUGAGGAGAAGGUUGAGUCUAGAAGAAGUUCUAUUAUGAAAACAGAGGAGAAGUUCAUGCAGGAUGGUGACUCCAGAUCUGCUAGUAGAAGAUCAUCGUUCCAACAGGAAGAGGAAACUACAAUCGAGUCUAGACGUUCUUCUAUAACUGGAGAAAAGAAAAAGGUGAAAGAGAUGAAGAAACUAGAAACCACAGAUGAAGUGACAACACCUACAUCACCCACGAACCACAUUCAAGAAACUACAACAGAAAAAACAAAAAAGACAAUAAAGAAAGUCCAGAAGAAUGGAAUACCAGAACCGGAAGACAAAGUUACAGUCCAGAAAGAUGAGAAAGUGACGAAGAAACUAGACGAAAAGCCUAAGACUGACGUGAAAAUCGAACCAGCCAAGUCUGAGCCUAAGAAGGACGAUACCACCAAGAAAUUGGACAAGACUGAGGUAAAGAAAGACGAGAAACCAGACUCUGGAAAAACCACGGUGGAAAAAUCAUCCCUUAAACCCACCGAUAAAGAUAACACUUCGAAAACUUCAGAAAGUAUCACCGAACAAAGAAAGACAAGCAUAACAAAAACACAACUCACACCUGAAACACAAACAACACCCAAACCAGAAAAGUUAGAAAUUAAGCAAAACAAUCUGAAGGAACCGGCUGCCAAUAAGGUGGAAGCUAAUAAAUUAGACGUCAAGAAGACUGAGGAAGCAAUCAAGGAGAAAGGAAAAGCUGAGAUAAAGAUUGUUGAAGAGAAGAAGGAAAAAGUUGCACCACCUAAAGCUCAGAUAAAAUCAGGUUCAUUUUUAUCGGUACAGCUCAAACCCGUAAGCAAAGGUGCUAAAGACACAGCUAAAGUCGAGUUAGAGGUUGAUCUGAAGAAAGUACCCGAAGAAAAAGAGAAGAAACCUGGUCUCAAGAAACCAAAAACUGCCAAAAAGGGCGAGGUUGAAGACUGGGAGAAUAUCCCAGACUACGAAAGGCCAGUUUUAGAGAAAUAUGAACCGGGUGAACACCCUGAUUACAAGGGUAGGGAGAAGACACAACUCAGCAAGGAGAGGCCAAGUUUGCCCCAGAUCAAGACUCCUGAGGCCCCCAAAAUCGAGGUCGUGAAGGAGAAGACACCAGAACCUAGGAAAAAGUCUUUGGAACCAACCCCAUCGCCUGGUUCUACGAGUAGGAGAGGUUCGCUGAUACCACCAGAAGCAAUGGGUCGUAGGGCUUCGCUGAUCAUAUCUGACGAGGGUGGAAAAUUGCGACCCGGUGAAGUACUCGACACAAAGACGAAAUACAAACGUCCGGGACAAUUGCAAGAACCGCCCGACAAACAGAGACGCAGACCUAGCUCGGAUGUGAGAAGACCCAGCUUGGCAGAAAUGGAAGACAGGAUAAAUCAGCCCUCGACACCUUUGAAACCCAUCGGGGAGGGUGGACCACCAAGCAUUGUGGACGUGGCUGAAAGCUACUCAGCAGUUGAAGAUUCCACUGCCUAUAUUAUGGUACAAGUGGAAGGUAACCCUGCCCCAACCUUCAAAUUCUACAAGGGUAUGACUGAAAUCAUAGAGGGAGGUCGAUUUAAAUUCUUGACAGACGGGGAAACAAACUCGAUCACUUUGUGCAUAAGAAAGAUAAAACCAAACGAUGAAGGACAAUAUAAAAUUGUCGUUUCAAAUAUACACGGUGACGACAGUGCUGAAAUGAUGCUGUACGUCUCAGAUUCCAGCGGUAUGGACUUCAGGGCUAUGCUGAAGAAACGAAAAUACGCCAAAUGGGGCGAAAACAAAGAGGAUCCUGAUUGGGGUGAUUUGAAGGAAGUUGAAAAGCCAAUGCCUGCCCUCAAGAAAGUAGAAAAGACUCCACUUUCUUCAAGAAGGCCUUCCUUGGCUGAAUUAAUACCAGAUUGGCCAGUUUUACACCACUUUGAGAAAAAAGAGAAACAAGAAUCUUUCCUGAAACCCCUGGUGGAUCAAUAUGCGAAAGAAGGAAAAGAUAAGAAAGUUGUAUUCGAAGCUGCUUUCACCAAACCGAACGCGAAACCAAAAUGGCUUUUCCGCAAAGAUGAACUGUUUCCUGGUUCAAAAUAUAAAUUCAAAAACGAAAAAGAAAUGUAUCAGCUUAUCAUUUCGAAUCCAAAAGUGGAAGAUACGGGUAAAUAUACUAUAGAAAUUGGAGGCAUUACUUCGACAGCUUUCCUCAAUGUCGAUGAACCAGAUCCUUCGUAUACGUUCACGAAGCCGUUGAAGAAAAAAUACGACGGUUAUGAAAAACACGAACUUCAACUUGAAUGUACGGUCAGCAAUAGCUUGGCCAUCGUUGGAUGGUACAAAGGAAAGGACAAGCUUAACGAUGAUGAUAAAUAUUCCAUAUCCAAAGACAUAAGCGGUUGCUGUCGUCUAACAAUCAAGAUAGCUGAGUUUGAGGAUGCUGGAGAGUACUCCUGCAAACUAGAGAAACAAACUGAGAAGACAGUAACAAAUGUUAACAUCAUAGAAUACCCAUACAAAUUCGUUAAAUGCCUGAAACACCAACAACACGUAGAAAAGGAAAACAUCACGAUGCUGUGUGAAUUAGAUGAUGCCCUUGGAGAGGUCAAGUGGUAUAAGGGAGACCAAGAAAUAAAACCAGAUAAAAGAAUAGUCAUAUCCAAAGACGGUCGUAAACGUAAACUAGUAAUCAAAGACGCUAAAGUGACAGAUGCUGGAAUGUACUCCUGUAAAACGAACGCCGAUAAAACGGAAGCUGAGUUGGUGGUCAACUAUUUGAACCGUUUCAACAAGAAACUGAAAGAUACAGAAGCUGUGGAGAGAGAGAGACUAGUACUCGACAUCGAGUUGCAAGACCAAACAGCCCCUGCUGAAUGGCUUUUCAAUGGAAAACCAAUCGAGCCUUCAGAAAGGGUCGAAAUCAAGAACCUUGGUGGCGGUAAACAUCAAUUGAUCUUCAACAAACUCGAAAUGGAAGAUGACGGUGAAAUCACGUGUGUUUCCGGCAAAUUAGAAUCUGGAAUGAAACUGACUGUGAAGAAAGGAGAGAGCAGACCAGAAAUCGAUUUUCCAGAGAAUUUCGAAGGUCCUAUUAGUAGAGCUAUCGUUUUGGAAGUACCAUAUAAAGUAAGUGGAACUCGACAAACACCGAUAGAAGCUAAACUAGUUAAAGAUGGAAAGGCGCUUCCUCUCAAAGACGUUGAAACUAUAAUCCAUGACGAGAAGAUCAUCUUCAAAAUCAAGAAACCAGCCAGAGAAUUAUCUGGACCUUACGAGAUAAAAGUUGGAAAUGGACAGGGAGAAGCUGUACAAGUGUGCAACAUCACAAUGCAAGACGUACCAUCGCCACCACAAGACAUCCAAAUCUCAGAAAUAUUCCAAACUUCAUGCGUUGUAACAUGGAAACCAUCGAAAGACGAUGGUGGAACUCCAAUACAACAUUACAUCAUCGAAAGGCAGGAUAUCAGUCUGAAAUCUGGAUGGGAUAAUGUUGGACAAAUAUCCCCCAAGGAACCCUCAACUUACAAAGUUGAAGGCCUCACGCCCAAGAAAGAGUAUAGGUUCAGAAUCAGAGCUGUUAAUAAAUUGGGAAGCAGUGAACCCACAGUAUUCUCUAAACCAAUAUUGGCUAAGGAUCCUUGGGAUGAACCAAGCAAGCCCAAGGAUGUUGAAGUUGUCGAUUGGGACGUAGAUCACGCAGAUCUGAAAUGGCAACCACCAGAUACAGAUGGUGGUGCUCCAAUCACCGGUUAUGUUAUCGAGUUCAAGGAGAAAUUCGGUAAAGAUUGGUCCAAAGGUGUUGAAGUUCCUGGCGAUCAGCUCAGUGGAACUGUUAAAGGUUUGAAAGAAAACGCCACUUAUGAAUUCAGGGUGCGCGCUAUCAACAAGGCAGGACCUGGUGAGCCAAGUGAUUCCACAAAGCCUAUAAUUGCAAAAUGCAGAUUCGUGAAACCUUUCAUCGUCGGCAAUGAUCUCAAUAACAUCAUCGUUAAAAAGGGACAGAUAGUGAAGUACGAUAUCAAAUAUGGCGGUGAACCAGAACCAGAGGUCAAAUGGUUCUUGGACACCAAAGAAAUCAAACCUGACCCUGAUGAGAGGGUGACUAUCGAUAAAUAUGAAAGGAACACAAUCAUCACCGUCAGAAAGACAACGAGGGCUGACAGCGGUAAAUACAGAUUAGUUCUGACCAACAGUUCUGGAACAUGCGAAGGAGUAGCUGAAGUAGUCGUCCUAGACAAACCAACCGCUCCUCAAGGUCCGAUGAAGAUCGAAGAAGUUCGAUCCGACCAUAUCAAAGUCAAAUGGCAAAGGCCUGAAGACUGUGGAGGAACCGAACUUACAGGAUACGUGCUCGAGAAGAUGGAUAUGGACACGGGAAGAUGGAUACCAGCUGGAGAGGUUGGUCCAAAUGAGGACACUUUCACCUUCAAAGGACUCACACCCAAGAAGAAGUAUAAGUUUAGGGUUCGGGCCAAGAACAAGGAAGGUGAAUCCGAACCUCUUGAAACUGACGAAGCUAUUUUGGCGAAGAAUCCGUAUGAUGAACCAGCGGCUCCAGGAAAGCCCCAAAUUAUCGAUUACGACAACAAGAGUGUCACUCUCAAAUGGGCUAAGCCUGAAACCGAUGGAGGACGUCCCAUUACUCAUUAUACGAUUGAGAUGAAGGACAAAUUCGCCGUUGAUUGGACUGAAGUUGCUAAAACUGAAGAUGCCAACCCUGAGGGGGUGGUUGAAGGUCUCAAGGAGAAAAUGGUGUACCAGUUCAGGGUCAGGGCGCACAACAAGGCGGGUCCAAGUGCACCCUCAGAAGCAACCGACAACCACUUGUGCAAGCAUAAGAAUCUCAAACCACGCAUCGAUCGGGAAACAUUCAGAUCGGUCAUUAUAAAAGCUGGAAGAACCCACAAAUGGUCGGUUGAUGUAACUGGUGAACCACCACCGGAGCUCAGAUGGGUAUGGAGGGAUAACAUCACCCUCACCAACACCGAACGCAUCAAAAUAGAGAAUGUGGAUUACCACACAGACUUCACGAUAGUGAACGCAGUUCGCAGGGAUACAGGAAAAUACACCCUGAUAGCCGAGAACGCCUCUGGAAAAGAUCAGGAGACCGUUGAAUUGACGGUGCUCAGCAAACCAGAUUCUCCAGAGGGUCCUCUGGAGGUAUCAGACGUAACAGCCACCAAAGCGAAGGUUUCGUGGAAGAAACCAGCCGACGACGGUGGCAGUCCCAUCAAAGAAUACGAAAUUGAGAAGAUGGACACAGCCACUGGUAAAUGGGUGAGAGUUGGUCGGGUACCUGGAGACAAAAUGGGACCUGACGGAAAAAUGGACUUCGAAGUGACCGGUUUGAACCCUGGAAGCGAGUAUAAAUUCAGGGUAACCGCAGUGAAUAACGAAGGCGACUCAGAACCACUCACUUCAGAUAGGGGUAUCAUCGCCAAAAAUCCGUUCGACGAACCAACUAAGCCUGGAACUCCUGAGAUCACUGAUUACGACAACAAGGGUGUCAAUCUGAAAUGGGCUCCCCCAGACUCAGACGGUGGAGCACCGAUCGAGAAAUACAUCAUCGAGAAGAAAGACAAAUUCAAGCCAGACUGGGAAAAAGCUUGUGAAGUACCCGGAGAUGCUACGACUGCUCGUGUGGAAGAUUUGAAAGAAAGGGGUGAAUAUCAGUUCAGAAUAGUUGCAGUGAACAAAGCUGGACCAUCACCCCCGUCAGAUGCCUCGAAAAUGCAGAUAAUCAAACACCGUGCCUUGAAACCAAGAAUCGACAGAACCAACCUCAAACCUAUCACUGUACGUUCUGGAAAACCAAUAAAAUACGAUGUUGACGUCAGGGGUGAACCUGCCCCAACCUGCACCUGGUUCCAAAACAAAGAUCAGCUUUCCACCAAAGACAAUGUUGAAAUUGUUAACAUCGAUUACAACACCAAGAUCAUUAUCACCAAUUCCGUGCGUAAAAACACAGGACUUUACAAAAUCAAGGCUGUUAACGAGCAUGGAGAAGACGAAGCUGAGGUUGAAAUCACUGUUCUCUCCGCGCCAGGAAAACCAAAAGGUCCUCUCAAGGUAUCCGAUGUGACCAAAAACGGUUGCAAACUCAAAUGGGACAAGCCAGAAGACGAUGGUGGCAAGCCCAUCACUGGAUAUGUUGUUGAAAAGUAUGACAAGAAGACUGCCCGUUGGGUACCAGUUGGACGAACGAAUGAUACCGAAAUGGAUGUCAAAGGGUUACAAGAAGGACACGCAUACGAUUUCAGGGUCAAGGCAAUCAACGACGAAGGCGAGUCAGAGCCUUUGGAGACUGAUGGUACAACCAUUGCUAAGAACCCAUACGAUCCACCAGGAAAGCCUGGUACUCCAUCUAUCGAGGACUGGGACACAGACAGGGUCACGUUGAAAUGGACCGCUCCCAAACAUAAUGGCGGUGCUCCUAUCACAAGCUACAUUAUUGAGAAGAAGGAGAAAUUCUCGACAUCCUGGGAUCAAAUAUUGGAAACCCAUACUCCAGAUACCGACGCUAUUGUGCCUGGAUUAAAAGAGGGAAACACAUACCAAUUCAGAGUGAAAGCUGUGAACAAAGCUGGACCUGGAGAGCCGUCAGACUCUACCAAACCACACGUGGCUAAGGCUAGACAUCUUCGACCACAAAUCAACAGAGAGAAGCUACACACAGUCAAGGUAAGGGCAGGUCAACUGGUGAAAUUCGACGUCGACGUCAAGGGUGAACCUCCACCGGCCAUCAAAUGGAGUUUCCAACACAAACCGUUGGAGAACGGGCCUCAUUGCAAGAUCGAGAAUGAGGACUACAACACUAAGCUCACCCUUUCGAAUACGUCCAGGAAAGACACUGGAACGUAUGUCAUAAGGGCGGAAAACGAAUCGGGCUUCGACGAGGCUCCAGUGGAGGUCAUCAUCCUCGACAAACCCGGUAAACCCGAGGGACCACUGGAGGUCCACGAUGUGCACAAGGAAGGUUGCAAGCUGAAAUGGAAGAAGCCAAAGGACGAUGGUGGACUGCCGAUAACCGGAUAUGUGGUUGAGAAGCAAGACGCCCAAACAGGACGCUGGGUACCCGCUGGUUUCGUCGAUGGAGAUAAAACUGAUCAUGAGAUCACGGGGCUUGAGCCAAACAAGAAAUACAACUUUAGGGUCAAAGCAGUUAACGAAGAAGGAGAAUCGGAGCCAUUGGAAUCAGAUGGUAGCGUCCAUGCUAAGAACCCAUACGACGUGGCAUCUGCUCCAGGAAUGCCAGAGAUAAUAGACUACGACGAGCAUAUGGUCAAACUCAAAUGGGAAAAGCCGGUCAGAGAUGGUGGAGCACCAAUCACUGGAUACAUCAUUGAAGCGAUGGACAAAUUCGGCGGACAAUUUGCAAAGGUAGCAGAAGUAGGUCCCGAAUGUAUCGGAACCGUGCACAAAUUAGAAGAAGGAAAUCAAUAUAAAUUCCGAGUAAGAGCCGUCAAUAAAGCUGGCCCAUCUGAGCCAUCCGAGCAGACCAACUGGCACACUGCCAAGCCAAGAUUCUUGAAACCACUCAUCGACAGGACCAACCUCAAAACUUUAACUGUAAAAUCUGGACUGUCAAUCAGUUUGGAUGUCAAUGUACGCGGUGAACCUCCACCGGUCAUCACCUGGCUCUGCAACGACAAAGAGAUCGCUUCCGGUGGUGAUAUAUUAAUCAAUAACAUCGACUACAACACCAAAUUCUUCGUCACUAAAGCCAAGAGAAUCCACAGCGGAAAAUACACGAUCAUUGCGAAGAACGAAGUUGGCGAAGACAGGGCUGACGUUGAGAUCAACGUCGUAGCCAAGCCUGGAUCGCCUAAAGGUCCUCUUGAAGUUUCCGACGUCACCAAACAUGGCUGCAAACUCAAGUGGAAGAAACCAGAAGAUGACGGCGGUAUUCCAAUCGACCAUUAUGAAAUAGAAAAACUUGAUCCGCUAACAGGCCAAUGGAUCACAUGUGGCAGAAGCAAUGAACCCGAAGCAAAUAUUACAGGGUUGCAAGAGGGAAAACCAUACAAGUUCAGGGUCAAGGCUGUCAACAAAGAGGGAGAAUCAGAACCUUUGGAAACAGAAAAAUCCAUCAUUGCCAAAAAUCCAUUUGAUGAACCUGGCAAGCCUGGACGUCCAGAACCCAAAGACUGGGAUAAAGAUUUUGUGGAACUUGCUUGGACACCUCCAAAAGACGAUGGUGGAGCACCUAUCGAAAAGUACAUCAUCCAGAUGCACGAUAAGGCUGGUCGCGGUUGGGUAGAUGCGGCCACCGUUUCUGGGGACAAAACGCAAGGAAAAGUAUACAACGUAGAGGAAGGCCAUGAAUACGAGUUCCGUGUCGUAGCCGUCAAUAAGGCAGGACCCGGAGAACCAAGUGACACUUCCAAAUCUGUAAUCGCAAAACCAAGAUUCUUGGCACCACACAUCGACCGCAAAAAUCUCCAGAAGAAGGUGAUUCGCACUGGACAAUUGCUCCGCAUAGAGGCAGACGUCAAAGGUGAACCAGAACCUGUCAUAACCUGGACGUUGAAGGAACAAGUCAUCAAGAAUACCGACCGUAUCAAGAUCGAAAAUGAGAACUAUCAAACCAGAUUCACGAUGCAGAAAGCCAAACGAGCAGACACUGGCAUCUACGUCGUAACAGCUAAGAACGAUUCUGGAGUAGACAGCGUCGAAGUUGAAAUUCAGGUACUCGGUAAACCGUCCAAACCUAAAGGUCCCCUGGAAGUAUCUGGUGUAACAGCAGAAGGUUGCAAACUGAAAUGGGAACCACCAGAGGAUGACGGUGGAGAACCAAUAUCCGGAUAUCUUGUGGAAAGGAUGGACGUUGAAAGUGGAAGAUGGAUUCCAGUAACCACUACCAAAACCCCAGAAGCAGAUGUGACGGGUCUGAACGAAGGAAAAGACUAUUUGUUCAGGGUGAAAGCUUUGAACUCAGAAGGCGAGUCGGAACCAUUGGUAACAGAGGUUCCAAUUACAGCCAAGAAUCCGUAUGGAGAACCAGACACACCUGGAAAACCAGAACUGAAAGAUUGGUCUAAAGAUCACGCUGAUCUCAAAUGGACUGCGCCAAGACAGGAUGGUGGUGCACCGAUUGAGAAAUAUAUAAUCGAGAAGAAGGAUCCCGCAACUGGUAAAUGGGUGAAAGCAGCAGAAGUUCCUGGUAACAAAACAGAGGGAACAGUACCUGAUCUACAGGAAGGACAGAAAUACCAAUUCAGAGUUAAAGCUGUGAACAAAGGAGGAGAGAGCAAACCAUCACCUCCAUCAGAUAUGAUGACUGCUAAAGAUAGAUUUGUCGCUCCCAAAAUUGACAGAUCCACACUCAAAGAUAUCACCGUUAAGGCAGGACAUCUCAUACGACUGGAUGUCAAGGUUUCUGGAGAACCCCCACCGACCAAAUCGUGGUUCUUGAACAAGGCACGCUUGGAGAAGGAUGAACUCAUCACGAUCGAUGUCGAGGAUUACAGAACGAAGCUACACAUAAGUUCAGCGCAGAGAAGUCACACGGGCACCUUAACCCUCAAAGCAGAAAAUUCCUGCGGAAAAGACGAGGCAAGCAUAGAAAUCAAAGUACUGGACAAACCAGCCAAACCAGAGGGUCCUCUCAAGAUCAGCGAUGUUCACAAGGAAGGUUGCACAUUGAAAUGGAACCCACCAAAGGACGACGGUGGUGUACCGAUAGAAUAUUACCAAGUCGAGAAGAUGGACACAGAAACCGGUAGAUGGGUAUCUGCAGGUAGAUCCAAAGAACCGAAAAUCGAUCUCAACAAUUUGGAACCCGGGCAGGAGUACAAGUUCAGGGUUUCUGCUGUGAAUGCCGAGGGUGAAUCGGAACCUCUGGAAGCAGACCAAACCAUCGUAGCCAAGAAUCCAUUCGAUGAACCUGGUCCACCCGGUCAGCCUGAAGUUACCGACUGGGACAAGGAUCAUGUUGAUUUGAAAUGGACUCCACCACUCAAGGAUGGAGGCUCUCCAAUCACUGGAUACAUUGUCGAGAAGAGAGAAAAAGGUACCACACGAUGGGCGAAAGCCUGCGAGGUUGGCCCACUUACUAAUAAAGCGACAGUCGAUAAUCUCGACGAGGGAGUUGAGUACGAAUUCAGAGUCAAAGCAGUUAACGCUGCUGGACCUGGAGAACCAAGUCAAACCUCGAAAUCUGUCAUCACCAAACCAAGAAAAUUGGCUCCUAAGAUCGACCGUCGUAAUCUGUUUAGUAUAACAGUACGUGAGGGCGAGCCCAUUUAUAUUGAUGUGAAGGUAAGUGGAGAACCUGCACCAGACGUGGUCUGGUACCAAGACAACAAGAUGGUUAUUUCAACUGGUCACAAACGCGUCGAUAACAUCCCGUAUAACUCCAAAUUCUUCAACGACAAACCCGAACGUAAGGAUACUGGAGUUUACAAAAUUACUGCGACGAAUAAGUAUGGUCAAGAUACUGCUGAGGUAGAAAUAACUGUAGUAUCGAAACCAGGACAACCAGAGGGUCCUCUUGAAGUGUCCGACAUUCACAAGGAUGGUUGCACGCUGAAAUGGAAGAAACCUAAGGACGAUGGCGGAGAGCCCAUCGAAAAUUACGUAGUUGAGAAAAUGGAUCCAGAGACCGGCAUUUGGUUGCCUGUGGGAAAAACCAGUGGAGCUAUACCUGAAAUGAAGGUGGAUGGUUUAGUUCCAGGACACGAUUAUAAAUUCAGAGUCAAGGCUGUCAAUAAGGAAGGAGAAUCCGAACCUUUGGAAACCGCUGGAACUAUAAACGCCAGGGAUCCUUUCACUAAUCCAGAAAAACCAGGAGCACCCGAACCGACUGAUUGGUCUGCUAACCACGUUGAUCUCAAGUGGGCAGAACCAACAUCUGACGGUGGUGCACCAAUAACUGGAUACAUAAUCGAAAAGAAAGACAAAUACAGUCCUUUGUGGGAGAAAGCUUUGGAAACGAAUACAGCAACUCCAACAGCAAGUAUUCACGGAUUGAUUGAAGGAAACGAGUAUCAAUUCCGUGUAAUCGCUGUGAACAAAGCUGGACAAAGUGCUCCAUCAGAUGCCAGCAAGCCUUUCAUCGCCAAACCGAGAUUCCUGGCUCCAAGGAUUGACAGGAGACAUCUCCAUGACAUCACUCUAUCUGCUGGGUCUUCACUCAAAUUCGAAGCCAAUAUCAUCGGUGAACCACCACCGUCGGUUGAAUGGAGGUUCAGCGGUGCCACAUUGAGAAACGACAAGAGGGUACAGAUAGACAACGUAGAUUACUUCACCAAGAUCGCCAUCCGUCCAGUAAACAGGGACGAUACCGGUGAAUUUACCGUUACUGCAUCGAACAGUUCUGGAAGGGACGUUCAUACGAUAAACGUUGUUGUAACUGACAAACCCAUGCCUCCAGAAGGCCCACUGCAAGUGUCCGACGUUAACAAGAACGGGUGCAAACUCAAAUGGAAACGUCCAAAAGAUGACGGAGGAACCCCUAUUGAAUAUUACCAAGUUGAGAAGAUGGAACCCGAGACUGGCUGUUGGGUACCAUGCGGAAGAGCUCACGAACCAAAUUUCGAAGUUACUAACUUAACCCCUGGAAAGGAAUAUAAAUUCAGAGUAGCGGCAGUUAAUGCAGAAGGGGAAUCCAAGCCUCUUGAGACCGAUCACAGCAUCAUAGCGAAGAAUCCAUUUGAUGAACCAGGAGCGCCAGGUCACUUGAAGGCCACUGAUUGGGACAAAGACCACGUGGAUCUCGCGUGGGAAAAACCGAAAGACGACGGUGGUUCACCCAUCACUGGAUACAUCAUCGAGAAGAAAGACAAGUUCGGCGAUUGGGAGAAAGCAUUGGAGGUUGGUCCAUACGACACAAAAGCGACCGUACCUGACCUGAUGGAGGGUCAACCUUACUCGUUCAGAGUCCGAGCGGUUAACGCCGCUGGACCUGGGGAGCCAAGCAACGAAACACCGACCAUCAUAGCCAAACCACGCAACCAGGCUCCGAAGAUCGACAGGACCAAUUUGAUCGAGAUCAGGAUCAGAUCCGGACAAAACUUCAGUUACGAAUGUAAGGUAACCGGAGAACCGAUGCCCGAGACCAAAUGGUUGAUGAAGAACAAAGAGAUCAAAUCCAGCAAAAAUGUUAAGGUGCAACAUAGCGAGUACCACACCAAGAUAUCCGUCAGAAAUGCCACGCGAUCAGAUUCUGGAACGUACACCAUAACUGCUGAAAAUGUCAACGGAAAAGACAUCGCAGAAGUGGAAGUAACAGUGUUGGAUGUUCCAAGUCCACCUGGUGGACCUCUCAAAGUAUCAGAUGUGCACGCAAACGGUGCCAAGCUGAGCUGGAGGCCACCAGCAGACGACGGUGGUCAACCGAUCGAGAACUACAUCGUCGAGAAAAUGGAUGAAGCGACUGGAAGAUGGGUACCUGCCGGCGAGACCGACGGUCCUGAGACUUCCCUAGCCGUCGAAGGCCUAACACCCGGCAAGAAAUACAAAUUCAGGGUGAAGGCGGUUAACAAGCAAGGAAAAUCUGAGCCGUUGACAACAGCGCAAGCCAUCGAAGCUAAAAAUCCAUUCGACCAACCUGGAAAAGCUGGAACGCCAGAAAUAGUCGAUUACGACUCUGACUUCGUUGAACUCAAGUGGGACGAGCCAGAAAAGGAUGGAGGUUCUCCUAUAACAGGAUAUGUGAUAGAAAAACGGGAUAAGUUCAAUCCGUACUGGGAAAAAUGCGCUGAAGUUGAAGGAAACGUAACCAGAGGUAAAGUGAAGGACUUGAUCGAAGGUACUCCAUACGAAUUCAGAAUAAGAGCAGUCAAUAAAGCUGGACCUGGUGAACCGAGCGACGCCUCCAAAAUACACGUUGCUAGACCUAAAAACCUUGCUCCCAGGAUUGACCGAAAUGCUCUACUCAACAUCAAAGUACGAGCUGGUCAAUCGUUCGAACUCAACGUUCCAAUUGCUGGUGAACCACCACCGGCCAAGGAAUGGCGCAUCAAGGAAGAUGUUCUGUUCAACACCGAUCGCCUCAAGAUAGUAAACGAGGACUAUAUGACUCAUCUGAAAGUCAUUGAUGCCAAACGUGGGGACAGUGGGGUUUACACCAUCACUGCUAAGAACGUCAACGGUAAAGAUUCGGCCACUGUAAACAUAACAGUUUUGGAUAUACCUUCGCCACCUGAAGGACCUCUCAGAGCUGAUAAUGUUACCAAGAGCAAUCUCACGCUCAAAUGGAAACCACCAAAGGACGAUGGUGGUUCCGAAAUCACCCACUACGUUGUGGAAAAACAAGACACAGAAAACAUGAGAUGGGUUCCAGUUGGCGAGUCUGUUGGAACGUCUAUGCUGGUCGAUAGAUUAACUGAAGGACAUGAUUAUAACUUCAGAGUAUGCGCUGUGAAUAAACAGGGUGAAUCACUGCCACUCACCACUGCCGAAAGUAUCACUGCUAAAGAUCCAUAUACCAAACCAGACCGCCCAGGAGUGCCCACUCCAACAGACUGGGAUAAGGACCAUGUAGACCUCGAAUGGGCACCUCCUAAAAAAGAUGGAGGUUCACCAAUCACCAGUUACAUCAUCGAAAAACGACCAAAACACGGAACUUGGGAGAAAGCCGUGGAAAUACCUGGAAAUCAAACCAAAGGUACCGUACCAAAUCUGGUCGAAGGUGAAGAGUACGAAUUCAGGGUUAUUGCUGUGAACAAAGGAGGUCAAAGUGAACCCAGUGAAGCCUCUAUUCCAGUUAUUGCCAAGCCUAGGUUCCAGGCGCCGAUAUUCAACAAAUCUCUGUUGGAAGAUAUCACAAUCAAAGCUGGACAACGCUUCGGUUGGACCAUACCAAUUGAGGCUUCGCCCAAACCGACAGCUAAAUGGACACUUAACGGCAAAGAGGUUCUUUCAAGUACCAGAAUUGACAUGGCCGUAUAUAACAACAAAGUGUCCUUCGAUGUAUCUUCUGCUUUACGCACAGAUGGUGGAAGAUACACCUUGACUUUGACUAACGAUCUUGGAAGCUAUAGCGCAUCCGCUACUGUUACAGUGCUGGAUAAACCUAGUCCACCACAACCUCCAUUGGACGUCGGUAGUGUUACUAAGGAAAGUGCUAGGUUAUCGUGGAAACCACCACUAGACGAUGGAGGAUCUCCAAUUCUCCAUUAUAUUGUUGAGAAAAUGGACGUUUCUAGGGGAACAUGGUCGGACGCUGGCAUGGCAACUAUAUGUUCUCACGACAUAACCAGACUGAUUCAUCGUAAAGAAUACUACUUUAGGGUGAAGGCCGUGAACGCAGUUGGAGAAUCAGAACCAUUAGAGACUCCAAGGAGUAUUAUCGCAAAGAACGAAUUUGACGAGCCAAGUGCUCCAGGCAAGCCAGCUGUUACAGAUUGGGACAAGGACCAUGUAGAUCUCGAAUGGGCCCCACCAAAGAGCGAUGGAGGUUCUCCGAUCACCGGAUACAUCAUUCAGAAGAAAGAAAAGGGCAGUCCAUACUGGAUGAACGCAGUCCACGUGCCAGCUAGCAAAAACGCAGCUACUGUACCUGAUUUAAUCGAAAACGAAGAAUAUGAAUUCAGGGUGAUCGCUACCAAUUCGGCCGGACAAAGUGAACCAUCUGAACCAUCAGAUCUUGUCACGGCCAAAGCCAGAUACUUGGCUCCCAAGAUUAAAACACCGCUCAACGAUGUCCGAAUCAAGGCAGGACUCAUACUGCAUCUGGACAUUGACUUUAUCGGAGAGCCGUGCCCUGAAGCUAGUUGGACAGUUGGAAGCAAAAAUCUAGUUACCGACGAAAGGACCACAGUCACAUCGAUCGGUUACCACACAGUGAUACAUACUGUAAAUGCUAAACGUUCGGAUAGUGGUUUGUAUCAUUUACUCAUUAAAAAUAGCUCCGGAAUUGACGAGGGGUCAUUCCAAGUGACAGUGUUGGACCGUCCUGGACCUCCGCAAGGACCCAUCGAAUACGAGGAAGUAACAGCUCAAAGCGUAACACUCUCCUGGAAACCACCUAAAGAUAACGGUGGCAGCGAGUUGACUGGAUAUGUGAUAGAAAAACGAGACUUAACACAUGGUGGAGGUUGGGUACCUGCAGUUACCCACGUAAAUCCAAAAUACAACCACGCAGUCGUGCCCAGGCUGAUCGAAGGAACAAAAUAUGAAUUCAGAGUUAUGGCAGAGAAUUUGCAGGGACGCUCAGAUCCACUCGACACAGAAAGGCCAGUCGUUGCCAAGAACCAAUACGAUGUUCCUGGUAAACCUGGCAAGCCACAACUUGUCGACAGCGACAAAGAUCACAUCAAGAUCAAAUGGAGUGCGCCAAUAAGCAACGGAGGUUCGCCCAUCAUCGGUUACGAUGUUGAAAGACGUGAUCGUGCUACUGGUAGAUGGAUUAAGAUCACAAAGAACCCUGUACCGAUGUUAGAAUUCGAAGAUGACAGGGUACAAGAGGGACACACUUACGAAUACAGGGUUAUUGCUGUGAACGCAGCUGGCUCUGGUAAACCAAGCGACACAUCUAACGCUUUCAUCGCCAAACCAAUGAAAGAGAAGCCAAAACUACAUUUGGACGGCAUUAUCGGUCGCAAGAUAAAAGUACGUGCUGGUGAACCUAUCAAUAUCGAUAUACCAUUAUCUGGAGCACCUGCGCCUAAAUGCCAAUGGAGCAAAAACGGAAACCCAGUGGUUGAAUCUAACAGGGUUUACACUGAAUCUAAUGGAGAGCACACGAAACUAAGGGUAGAAGUCUCGAACAGGGACGAUGCCGGCAAAUAUACAAUCCAGGCAAAGAACGAUUACGGCUCAGAUCAAGCUGAUAUCGAAGUGACAGUCGUUGACAAGCCGGGUAUUCCAAGAGGUCCUCUCCAGUACACGAAUACAACACAAGAUACUGUGUCCAUGUCCUGGAAUCCACCAGCUGACGACGGUGGCGGUGAUAUAAGCAACUACAUCGUUGAAAUCAGCGAGUACGGUACAGACAGUUGGAGACCUUGUCCAGGAUUCUGUCCAAGACCAUCGUUCACAGCUCGAGGUCUAACAGAAGGCAAGAAAUACGUGUUCCGCGUAAGAGCCGAAAACAUGUACGGUGUAUCUGAACCGUUAGAAGGAAAACCAGUAGUUGCCAAGUGUCCAUUCGAUCCUCCUGGAGCUCCAAGCCAACCAGAAGUUGCUGGAUAUACACCGUCCUCCUGUUCUCUCAGAUGGAAACCACCAUCUUCAACUGGAGGCAAACCGAUCACUGGAUACUACGUUGAAAAGAGAGAAAGAGGAGGUGAAUGGACUAAAGUCAACAACUAUCCAACGCCGAAUACCCAAUACACGGUGCAAGAUCUCAGAGAAGGUAACAAAUACGAAUUCCGAGUGAUAGCUGUGAACGAAGCAGGUCCAGGUGAACCAAGUAAACCAACAGAACCAGUCGUAGCAAGACACCAAAGAUUCGUACCAGAUUCACCAGAACCACCCAAACCUGACCGUAUCACGAAAGACAGCGUCACACUUUCUUGGAGACCACCUAGGAGCGACGGUGGUUGCAAGAUAAAGGGCUACAUCCUUCAGAAACGAGGAAAGAACGAACCGGAUUGGUCCGAUGUUAAUUCAAUUCCAAUAACAAGUUUGGUUCAUACGGUACCAAACCUGAAAGAAGGAUCUGAGUAUCAAUUCAGAGUUAUUGCCGUCAACGAUAUAGGUAAUUCCGAACCAAGUAAACCAAGUCAGAAUAUACUCAUCGAGGAACAGCCGAACAAACCAUGCAUGGACCUUGGUGGAAUACGCGACAUCACUGUACGAGCUGGUGAAGACUUCAGCAUACACGUACCGUAUAUUGGAUUCCCCAAACCCACAGCCAGUUGGUUCGCUAAUGACAAGAUCCUUGAUGAAUCUGACAGCAGAAUAUUCCCCAAACUUACUGAUGACUCUGCCAGCAUCAUAGUGAAAAAUUCGAAACGCACGGAUAGUGGUCAGUACAGGCUACAGCUGAAGAAUCCUUCAGGCUUUGACACGGCGACCAUCAACGUCAAGGUUCUGGACAGACCAGGAAAACCUGAGAACUUAAGAGCCGAUGAAUUCGCUGGAGAUGCACUCACCUUAUACUGGCAGCCGCCCAAAGAUAAUGGCGGUUCUGAUAUCACCAACUAUGUUGUAGAGAAGAAAGAAGCACGAUCCUCAACUUGGUCUAAAGUUAGCGGAUACGUCACAGUUCCAUUCAUCAGAAUAAGGAACCUUACACUUGGAAAAGAAUAUGAAUUCAGGGUGUUUGCAGAAAAUCAAUACGGUACAUCCGAACCGGCCGUUACAUCUGAACCAAUCAGAGCUAGACAUCCGUUCGAUGUUCCAGGAGCUCCUGGAACACCAAAGGGUAUUGAAACGAGCGAAGAUUCCAUUACCAUUCAGUGGUCUAAACCAAGGCAUGAUGGUGGUUCGCCAAUAACUGGAUACGUCAUAGAAAAGAGGCUUAUCACCGAAGAUAAAUGGACUAAGGCUAGCCAUGCUUUGGUUCCUGAUUUAUCACACAAAAUAAUCAAUUUGAUUGAGAAUCACGAAUAUGAAUUCAGAGUGGCCGCCGUUAAUGCAGCAGGUCAGGGACCUUGGAGCUCUGCCUCUGAUGCCAUUUGUGCGAGAGCACCACCAUCUGCGCCUAGGAUAACAUCAGAUCUAAGUAUCAGAGAUAUGGUCGUCAUCGCUGGUGAAGAAUUCAAAAUCACUGUACCAUACGUUGCCACACCUAAACCAAGGGAAACGUGGAUGAUAAACGGUGAAGAAAUAUUCUCAGACCAAAGGAUCAAAUUCGAGACAACAGACAUCGCUUCCAUUUUCACUAACAAGUGCGCCAAGAGAAAUGAUUCUGGCAGUUAUACCAUCAAGCUCACGAACUCUGAAGGAUCUGACUCUGCUUCUUGUAGGGUAACCGUGGUUGAUAAACCACAGCCACCUCAAGGACCUCUAGAUAUAUCAGACAUAACACCCGACAAUUGUUCGUUGGCUUGGAGAACGCCUAUUGAUGAUGGCGGUUCUCCAAUUACCAAUUACAUCGUUGAAAAACUAGACACGAAUGGUAUCUGGGUCAAAGUGAGCAGUUUCGUGCGCAACACCCACUACGACGUUAUGGGAUUAGAACCUAAUAAAAAGUACAGCUUUAGAGUACGCGCUGAGAACCAAUACGGUAUAAGUGAACCCUUAGAAAGUACAGAGCCAAUCACUGCCAAAUAUCCGUUCACCGUUCCUGACCCACCAAGUCCACCAAGGGUCACAGACUGGACUUCCAACACCGUUUCCUUAUCUUGGGAUAGGCCAGCUAACGAUGGAGGUUCAAGGAUCCAAGGAUACAAACUCGAAUACCGCGACAUAGUCCAUGACGCUCAUUGGCAAAUCACCAGCGAUUACCUCAUCAAAGAAACUCACUUUGAUCUGUACAACUUGACCCAAGGUAACGAAUAUGAAUUCAGAGUGAGGGCAAAGAACGCUGCUGGUUUCAGUAAACCGUCAGACUCCUCCGCUAAAUUCAAGCUCAAGGGUAAAUUCAACGUACCAUCACCACCAAGAGAACCUAAAGUGGUCAAAGUUGGCAAGAGUUACGUAGAUCUCACUUGGGAACCACCGACCAACGAUGGAGGCUCGAGAAUUACGGGAUACGUUAUUGAAAAGAGGGAGAUUGGUAGCCCGUUAUGGAUCAAAUGUAACGAGUACAACGUAACCGAUACGAAUUAUACAGCGUUGAACCUAAUCGAAAGGAGUGACUACGAAUUCAGAAUCUACGCAGUGAACGCAGCAGGCAGAAGUGAAGCCAGCUCCUGCACCACGCCAGUCAAGAUCUGUGAAGUCCUUGGAGGUGAGAAGCCCGAAUGGAUAAAACCGUUGAGCAAUCAAACGGCACCGUUAGGAAAGACUGUCACAUUGGAAUGCGAGGCUUAUGGUAAACCAGAGCCUACGUUCCGCUGGUUGAGGAAUGGUCGUGAAAUAAACAUCAGUGGUCGUUACCGACACGAAAGCAAGAACGGAGUUGCAAGACUGCACAUUUCCGAUCUGUUGGAUAUUGACGAUGGGGAUUAUACUUGCGAAGCGAGCAACACACUUGGUGCUGCCACUACAACUGCCAGAUUGAAAAUAGGAGCACCUCCAAAGAUCGAGAGGCUUCCAGGAGAUCUCUACUUACCGGAAGGAGAUAACACGAAGAUAAAGGUAUACUACUCAGGCGAUCAACCUUUGAACGUAACCCUCAGUAAGAAUGGAAAGAACGUAGAAGAUUCAACACACAUAAAAUACACUAUCUUCGACGAUUACAUCAUCAUUUACAUCAGAGGAAUCCAAAAAGAUGACGCCGGAGACUAUACGAUCAAUGUAUCGAACGAUAAUGGAAGCACAUCUGGCACAUUCACUGUCUACAUCACAGGACUCCCUGGUCCACCAAAGGGACCUUUGGGAACAACAGACAUCACCCAGCAUACAUGUACCCUAUCGUGGAAACCUCCUUCCUACGAUGGUGGUUUAAGAAUAACGCAUUAUGUUGUUGAAAGAAAAGAUACAUCCUCGGAGCACUGGAUAACAAUCGCCAGCUCCGUUAAGGAAACUUACUUCACCGUUCAAGGCCUCACCGAAGGACAAGAAUACGUAUUCAGAGUAAUGGCAGUGAACGACAAUGGAAUGGGACCACCACUCGAAGGUCUGAACCCGAUCAAGGCGAAGGCUCCAUUCGAUCCACCAUCACCACCCGGAAUACCUAAAGUCACGCAGGUGGGUGGAGAUUUCGUACACCUCCAAUGGGAGAAACCAGAGAGCGACGGUGGAUCCAAAAUCCAAGGGUACUGGGUCGACAAGCGAGAGAUGGGCAGCAUGGCUUGGCAGCGUGUCAACGUCUCUCUGUGCUUCGCCACGCAGAUCAGCGUUUCGAAUCUGAUCGAAGGACGUCAAUACGAGUUCAGGGUGUUCGCGCAGAACGCGGCGGGCUUGUCCAAACCCUCGUCAGCCUCUAACUCUGUUGAAAUCAAAGAUCCACUUGCUGCUGUACCUCCAGAAAUAGUGAAACCGCUGAGGGACGCCCACUGCAUCCAGAACCACAACGCCAAGUUUGAAUGCACGAUCACUGGUGUACCUAAACCGACGAUAACGUGGUACAAGGGCGCAAGGGAGAUCAGCAGUGGUUCCAGAUACCACAUUUACAGCGAGGGCGAUGUGCAUCACCUGAUAAUCAAUGACGUUUUCGGAGAAGACGCUGACGAGUACGUCUGCAGAGCGAUGAACAAAGGUGGUGUCAAAUCUACCAGAGCUGAACUACUGAUAAAGACUGCUCCAAAACUCAACAUUCCACCAAGAUUCCGAGACACAGCCUACUUCGACAAGGGAGAAAACGUAGUGGUGAAGAUUCCAUUCACAGGCACGCCAAGACCUAGGAUCACCUGGAUAAGGGAAGGAGAGAUCAUCGAGUCCGGUGGUCAUUACCACGUUGAAGUCAAAGACAGGCACGCCAUUCUGACUAUCAGGGAUGGAAGCAAACUAGACAGUGGUCCUUACAGAAUAACCGCCGAGAACGAAUUAGGACAGGACUCUGCAAUUAUAAAAAUACAGAUAUCUGAUCGUCCUGAUCCACCUAGGUUCCCGGCUGCUGAUAACAUCGGUCACGAUUCGCUUGCGUUGUCCUGGAAACCUCCAGUUUGGGACGGAGGUAGCAACAUCACCAAUUACUUGGUUGAAAGGCGGGAACAUCCAUUGUCUACUUGGAUUAGAGUUGGUAACACUCGUCUCACCACCAUGGCUAUAGAUGGAUUAACGCCAGGACAUCAGUACGAAUUCAGGGUUUACGCUGAAAAUAUCUACGGUAGGUCCGAUCCUUCAGACAUCAGCAACUUGGUAACGAUGAAGGACACCAAGAAGAAACAACCGCCCAAGAAGAAAUACGAAGUGGACGAAAACGGCAAGAGGAUAAGGACUUCGCACAAAGAACCGGUCAAAGACUACGACAAUUAUGUCUUCGAUAUAUAUUCGAAGUAUGUACCACAACCAGUGGACAUAAAAUCGAAGAGUGUCUACGACGAUUACGAUAUACUAGAGGAAAUUGGUACUGGUGCCUUUGGUGUAGUACAUCGUUGCAGGGAACGCAAGACUGGUAAUAUCUUCGCCGCCAAAUUCAUUCCUGUAUCUCAUGCCAUGGAGAAGGAAUUGAUCAGGAAAGAGAUAGACAUUAUGAAUCAUUUACACCAUCCCAAGUUGAUCAAUUUACACGACGCUUUCGAAGAUGACGACGAGAUGGUGCUUAUUUACGAAUUUUUGUCUGGCGGCGAAUUGUUCGAAAGAAUCACGGCGGAAGGUUACCAAAUGUCCGAAGCUGAAGUUAUCAAUUACAUGCGACAGAUAUGCGAGGGUAUCAAGCAUAUGCACGAGAGGAACAUAAUCCAUUUGGACAUCAAACCUGAGAACAUAAUGUGCCAAACACGAAAGAGUACGAAUAUCAAACUGAUAGACUUUGGACUGGCAACAAAACUGGAUCCUAACGAAGUGGUCAAGAUAUCAACUGGUACCGCUGAAUUCGCUGCUCCAGAGAUCGUGGAAAGGGAACCUGUCGGUUUCUACACAGACAUGUGGGCGGUUGGAGUAUUGGCCUAUGUAUUAUUGAGCGGUUUGUCGCCAUUUGCUGGAGAAAACGACAUUGAUACUCUGAAGAACGUCAAGGCUUGUGACUGGGACUUUGACGAAGAAGCGUUCGCGGGCGUAUCUGAAGAAGGCAAAGAUUUCAUCAGAAGACUGCUAUUGAAGAACAAAGAGAAACGUAUGACUGCCCAGGAAUGUCUGAUGCACUCAUGGUUAGUUGGUGAUCACAAAGACAAGAAAACUGUCAUCGAUAGGAGCAAGUACAUCAGAAUACGUGACAAGAUACGCUCCAAAUAUACCGAAUGGGAGUCGUUCGUUCUUCCAAUUGGACGGUUGUCAGAGUAUUCCUCGUUGCGUAAAUUGUUGCUCGAAAAGUAUAAAAUACAUGACGCCUACUUCGACCGUCGACAGGCUGCUCCAAGAUUCGUCAUCAAGCCUCAAAGCGCUUUCUGUUACGAAGGACAGAGCGUCAAAUUCUAUUGCCGCGUUAUUGGUGUGGCUCCACCAACCCUUAGUUGGUUCCGUAACAAUUCAGAACUUAGGCAGAGCGUUAAGUUCAUGAAGCGAUAUGUUGGUGACGACUAUUACUUCAUUAUAAAUAGGGCUAAGUUAGAAGAUAGGGGAGAGUACGUAAUAAGAGCAGAAAACCAUUUCGGAGCUACUGAAGAAGUGGUAUUCCUCAACGUCCAUGCUCUUCCUAAAGUCGUGCAAGAAUACAAACCGCAAGAUCAGCCGGUGAGGAGGAGAGAACCACUGCCUUACACCUUCUGGGCAGAGGAGCAAGAAUGCGCACCAAGUUUCACGUUCUUGCUACGUCCACGUGUGAUGCAAGAGAAGGACACCUGCAAACUGUUGUGUUGUCUGAGUGGAAAACCAUUCCCCACAGUUAAAUGGUACAAGGACAAACGCGAGCUCAGUAAAUACGAAUAUUCGAUGUCGCAUAGUGACGGUGUUAUAACCAUGGAAAUUGUUGGAUGUCGACCAUACGAUUCCGGAAAAUACACAUGUGUAGCCACGAACUGUCAUGGUGUGGACGAGACAUCGUGCGUGGUUAUCGUUGAAGGUGAAACGAGCACAGAGGAGCAGACGGCUUUGGCAGAGAAACUGCUUCACUCAGCAGAUAGGAAAUACAUCGAACAGCCAAUUAAACCUGCACCCGUGCCAAUAACCAUUAGGAAACCGAUAGCUAAUGCCACAAAUGUUACAAACAGUCUGAAACAAUCUUCAUCUAGUCUUAGUGUUAGUGAUUCCGGACGAACGGCUAGGAAAUAUGGUAGAAUAGACUCCACAGGUAGUCCGAAUAGAUCUAGGACAUCAACGAAGGAAUUAGCACUGCCACCAGACACGACGAUGUUCGCACCGAAGUUCACUAAAACUUUGUCGGAUUUGACAAUAAACGACGGGGAAAGUCUGUAUCUGACUGCUAACGUGAGCGGUGAUCCAGACCCCCAGGUGACAUGGUCCAAAAAUGGCAAAGUGUUGAGUUCCUCCGAAGUUGUGGAUCUGAAAUACAAGGGUGGCGUUGCCACAUUACGUAUAAACGAGGUUUAUCCAGAAGAUGAGGGGGAGUACAUAUGUAAAGCAAGUAAUUCUUUGGGCACGACCGAAACAAAAUGUCGUUUGAAGAUAAAACCAAUGACCAACGGAACGACAAACAAGAUUAAGGGUUCAGACGACAAACCACCCAGAAUAGUGGAUCAUCUACAAUCAAAAUUUGUGAAGGAUGGUGAAUCAGUAACAUUGUCUUGUCGCAUCAUUGGGGCCAAUAAGUUCGACGUUAUUUGGCUGCAUAACAAUAAAGAGAUUAAACCGAGCAAAGAUUUCCAAUACACGAACGAAGCUCACAUUUACAAACUUGUGAUAGCGGAAAUAUUCCCAGAAGAUUCUGGAGCCUACACCUGUGAGGCAUUCAAUGAUGCAGGAGAAAGCUUCAGUAGUUGCACUCUUAAUGUAUUGGUACCUGGUGAACAACCCAAAAGCCCAGUCUUCAAAACAUUCCCUCUAUCAGCAACCGUGUCUGAAGGUGAAACAGCAACAUUUGAGGCAGAAACUGAAGAUGAGCCUUUGCAGAUAAAUUGGCUCAAGGAUGGUAAACAAAUAAAAGAGAAAGCGUCUAAAUACAAGUUCACAGCUGACGGCAAACGUUAUACUCUACAAAUAGUAUCCUGCGACUCCAAUGACAUUGGACAGUAUCAGGCCAAAGCCAUCGGAAAGAAAGGAGAGACAUUAUCUGCCUUCUCCUUGAAUGUUGUACCUUCAGGAGAACAGUAAUGUUUUCAUCAUAAGCUGUGAAUUCUCUAUCGAAAAAACGAAUCCUCAACCCAACCAUGUUACAUAUAUCUGUUCAAAGAAGACGACAUGCUAAUCGCGUAAGAUCUGGACGCCAGCAUCCUCAGAAAUUACGAACAUCAAAUCCAGAUCUUACUCGACCUACCAUGUCUUUCAAGCGAGCCAUAUUUCAAGCUGGGACGAAUAUUGUUUUAUUUUUAAAUCUUGAAUGGAAAGUAUUUAGUGUGAGAGUGCUUAGCAGUUAUUUCAAAUCGCCAUCCUGAAAUAUCUUUUCUUCGAAUUAAAUCUCCGUAGAUAAUCGCUUUUGCAAAGCCGUACCAAUCUUCUAUGUUAAUAUAAUAAAUAAAUAUAUUUAAUUUUUCA